AUGAUAAAUUAUCUGUAUAUAGAUAUAAUAAGCAUCGCAAAAAGUAAUUUUUUUUGGUUCCUAGAGAUAAUGUCCAAAAGAGUCCAGAAAACUCAGUAUCUGCUGCGACUGCUAGCCAAUCCCAAGCUCUAUAACCUACUGGGCAGUCCAUUCGAAGACCCGCUGAAGCUCGACUCGCUGCUGUCGACCGUCUGUUAUGGAUCUUUGUUUAUCUCUGAACUUAUCAAGAGAAGGCCCGAACUCGUGCAGAUUUUGAGUAACCUGGCGGAAAAAUUGAAGAUGCAAGGAUUGAUCUCGCUCAUAAAGACACUCAUACAAAAGAUACAACGCGCGGUCGAUCCAAAACAUCGUUUCUCUAUUAAUGUUUCUCUAGACUCCUUAUCCACCAAGUUGAGACUCAUAUCGGACUAUAUUGCUGACGUGCGCAUCUUCAAUCGCAUGUGGGGCCUGCCCGGAUUGCUGGCUUUCGGCCUCGAAGAUUUGCACAGGAUAUUCAGAGCAGAUUCAAAUUUCAUCACAAAACUGCUGGAAGCCACAAGCACCAUAUCCAUCGUGGCGUACCAGCCACUCGAAAAUGUCGCUUUUGCAGCCGACCACAACUGGACGCACCUUGAAAAGUCGGCCUCACUCGAGUACUAUGUGGCCUCAUCGCGGCUCUGGGCCGUGUUUGUCGUGCUGGAGGUUGUGAAGCUGGUGAAGACUAUGAUUCAAACUAAACUUGCUGGAAAGCCGCUCGACCUUCUCCACAACCGCUCUCUGAACCGCUCGUUGGUCGCCAAUAUCGCCAAUUUGCCGCUUACUGUGCACUGGUCUUUGUACGAUGGGUGCCUUAGUGAUCUCACCGUGGGAUUCUUGGGCACCAUGUCCAGCUUGUUCGACACAAUAGAUUCAUGGGGAGAAGUGUCUGCACAGUUGCGCCAGCUUUGAUAGCGCUAUUCAUAAUUAUAGAAUUCCUCCUCUGUCGAGGUGUGCGUCCGUAAAUACUCGAGGUGAGGCAAGAAUAGACUUUGGCACUCGGCAUUCGCCUUGGAAUUUUGGAUGUACUGCAAGCCAAGUCCCGACAACUUGUCUUGGAUCUCCACAGAAGCGGCAUCUUGUGUUUCGUUCGGCGUCCAUUGCGGACAAAUCAGCUGCGUUAUAAGCUCCCACAUCCGCAGGUCAAAACCAUACGCCGAAUUUGGCAAUUUUCCUGGAUAGAGCUUGCGGUGUCUCAGCUCUCCAUUUUGUUCCCACGAAAUUUCGUCCCUCAGUUUAUCAGGAUACAAUUUCGGGUAAGACAAGUGCAUAAACAUCAACCUGGCAUCGUCUCCGUCUUGGAAGUCGUAGAAAUUAGACAGGUACGGCGCCAUUGUUUCCUCGGUGUGAGUAGUAGGGUCCCACUGUCCUAGAGCCUUUGCAUGGUAGCCGUAGGUGUCAUGAUACCCUAAGAACUUCAUGCUUUGCUUGACCUGAUAGACCGGCUUUCGAAGAGCGUAUGCAGCAGCAAUAAAAGUGUCUUUAUCUCCUUCUCCUGCUCCUCCCUGGGUCAAAAGCGGGUAGUAGUGCGACGGCCCAAACAUGUUGUAGUAUAAUGACAAUAACAGAGUGUCGACUUGCGUCUCCUUGUUCACCAGCAACAUGCCAGACUCGCUGGCCGGGUUGGGCAGAGUCCCAGGCAAAUCAUGGUAAUUCCACUCGUCUGGAGACUCUCGAUCCUUGAAUUGGCCACGCACAGGGUGAUCACCAAUUGGUAUGUCAGCUAUUCUGUAGAAAUAAGGAUGCGUGGUCCUGGACCAGCAGUCGGGCCAUAAGACCAAUCCAUAUUCUUCAAACACAGGCCAGUCAAACAAAAUGUCCGGAUUGUGUAUUACCACGUUGUCUGCGUCCAGCAGGAGAACUCUUUUGAAAUUGGAAGCGAAAAUUGCCAAAAUCUUGUACUGAUACCCGUCAAUCUGCAGCUUUUUCCUGUAUUUAUGCAUGGGUAACUCUUUGAAGCCAAAAACGCAUUUAGCAUUGAGAGCAGGUAGCAGACUGUCACAAAAGUCUCGCUCAUACUCUUGCUCGGACGCGAUGAACACCUCUACGGGUAAUUGGCACCCUGUGGACCUCAAUUGGUUGAUGUUCAGCAACGCCAACCAAGAAAAACGCCCUCCUCCGACCAUUACAAUCCCGUCUCCAUCUAUUUGCUUCUGCGGGUCACCAAAAACGCUCAUCUUCAGAUCGCGCAUUUUAUCGACGAAUUGCUGAUGUUGCGUUUUCAGAUCCAGCAAAGUUGUUUCCUUGACGUCCAAUAGCCCCAUCAGAUACUUCUCGCUGAAAUGGAAAUCUGAGUCACUGGAAAACUUUUGUUGAGCUUUCUCGCCGUUGAUAUAAUUUGUCAAAGGAGGGGACUUGGGCUUCGUUUCGACCAAUAAAUUGAACAAACGGUCUACGAGCACGUUUUUGUUUUUUUGCGUGAACCAAAAUCCUCCACUUGUUCGCACGGCGUCAUCCGAGUAACCCUGGAGCCUGGAAGACUGUGAAUUGCCACCCACUGAUUCUAUCGGCACCAAUGGCAAGGCACCUUCUUCCCCCAUAUGUAUUAUUUGGUUUUCCGAGUUUUUGGCCGAGAAGACAAAGAGUUGCACAAUAAGCAGCAGUAUGGCCGCGGCCCCAAUCUUUACAAGCCGUUUUUUAUUCACAAACAAAGACAUGAAUGUAUAUCAAC